AUGGGCAUCAGUGUCUAUUCGCUAAUCUCAGCCGUGGCUCUGUGCCUGAACGCCCUGGCCAUCCUCUCGGAGUCGCGGUUCCUCUCCAAGUUUGGCCUGGCUACCCCACAGGCCUUGCAAGGAGGCGUUGCGCCGCAGCAGGACACCGCUUUCAAUGACAUGGCGCCAUCCUCUUUUGAUGCUGAUUUCGGCUCUACCAGGAACGGCGGUGUCCGCUCUGUCUCGUCCGUCAAGUUGCAGAUCGCUUCCCUUUUGCACUCCAUCCGCCUCCUGAUGCGCUGGCCGCUCAUCUUUGUGAACAUCACGUUGAUUGGGCUUGCGUUGAUCUUCGGUUGA